GCAGAUGUUAAAGCUAACACGGGUGGGGGUGGGGUGGCCUAAGCCAGGGGUGUGUGUCUCGUGACUUGUCAGGGGUGUCACUCCUGCCGGGGGCCAUGCUGCGGCAGCUGAAGGCCUCGUGUCCCUGGUGCCCACCCAGCCCACCUCUUCCGGGUGGUCUGAACCUCACUCUGCCCCCGCAGCCGUGGAAGCCAGUGGGCCCUUGAGGGGCCGGGGCCCUGCUGAGCUGCCUCCCCCUCUGCAGGUGCUCUCCUUGUGUCUGCUCCGAGCUGUUCCAGAGUCAGGUCCACUCACUUACUUUGUAGGGCAGGAGUGAUGAUGCCCCCUCUGGUGCCCAGGUGGCCUGCGUGGCUCUUCUGCUGGCGGGCAGCCUGCAUUCAAGGAGCCUCCGUGCGACAGAGGAUGUGGGUGGGGCCGUCCAGGAUCCCUGGGCUGGGCGGCCCGCGAGGGGCCUGGGGCACCAGCCCCGUGGCUCCACGAGGCAGCUGCUCGGCCUCCUCCCGCGCUCCUGAGGUGACGCUGACCCCGGAGCGCUACCCUGUGCGGCGGCUGCCCUUCUCCGUGGUGUCUGAGGACGACCUGGCCGCCCUGGAGCAAGUUGUCCCUGGCAGGGUCGUCACAGACCCGGAGGAGCUUGAGGCUCCCAACUUGGACUGGCUGAGGACGGUCCGAGGCUCCAGCAAGGUGCUGCUGAGGCCGCGGACGACCCAGGAGGUGGCACACAUCCUCAGGUACUGUCAUGAGCGGAACCUGGCCGUGAACCCCCAGGGGGGCAACACAGGCAUGGUGGGCGGCAGCACGCCGGUCUUUGACGAGGUCAUCCUGUCCACCGCCCUCAUGAACCAGGUCCUCAGCUUCCAGGACGUGUCGGGGGUCCUGGUCUGCCAGGCGGGGUGUGUUUUGGAGGCGCUGAGCCAGUACGUGGAGGAGCGGGGCUUCAUCAUGCCUUUGGACCUCGGGGCGAAGGGCAGCUGCCACAUCGGGGGGAAUGUGGCUACCAAUGCAGGCGGCCUGCGGUUCCUGCGAUACGGCUCCCUGCGGGGGACGGUCCUGGGCCUGGAAGUGGUGCUGGCCGAUGGAACCGUCCUGAACUGCCUCACGUCUCUGCGGAAGGACAACACGGGCUACGACCUGAAGCAGCUCUUCAUUGGGUCAGAGGGCACCCUGGGGGUCAUCACGGCCGUGUCCAUCCUGUGUCCGCCCAAGCCCAGCGCUGUGAACGUGGCCUUCCUUGGGCCUCCUCAUCCCUGCCGGGAAGGGCCGAGCUCACCCCCGUGCCCACCAGGUCUUCUUGGCCCGCCCCGCCUGCCCGCACAUCGACGUCCGUGCUCCGCCUCAGGCUGUCCGGGCUUUGCCGAAGUUCUGCAGACCUUCCGUACCUGCAGGGCGAUGCUGGGCGAGAUCCUGUCUGCGUUUGAGUUCAUGGAUGCUGAGUGCAUGAAGCUGGUCAGGCUCCACCUCGGUCUCUCCUGCCCCGUGCAAGAAAGCCCCUUCUACGUCCUCAUUGAGACGGCGGGCUCCGGGCCAGGGCAUGACGCUGAAAAGCUGGGCUGCUUCCUGGAGCAGGCGCUGGAUUCAGGGCUGGUGACCGACGGGACCCUGGGCAGCGACGAGAGGAGGAUCAAGAUGCUGUGGGCACUCAGGGAGCGGAUCACCGAGGCCCUGAGCCGUGACGGCUACGUGUACAAGUACGACCUCUCGCUGCCCCUGGACAGGCUCUACGACCUCGUGGGUGACUUGCGUGCCCGGCUCGGCCCGAGUGCCAAGCACGUGGUGGGCUACGGCCACCUGGGGGAUGGCAACCUGCACCUCAACGUGACGGCCGAGACCUUCAGCGCAUCCCUGCUGGGCGCCCUGGAGCCCUACGUGUAUGAGUGGACGGCAGGGCAGCGGGGCAGUGUUAGCGCCGAGCACGGCCUGGGCUUCAAGAAGAAGGACGUCCUCGGCUACAGCAAGCCCCCCGAGGCGCUGCAGCUCAUGCGGCAGCUCAAGGCCCUCCUGGACCCCAAGGGCAUCCUGAACCCCUACAAGAUGCUGCCCACCCACGCCUGACGGCCCCCUGCAGCCAGACUGGGGGGCCUCCAUCUGGUCUUGGUGUUGCCCGUGGGGUGGCCCCGCAGAGCCUGCAGCAAGCAGGCUGGACGACUGGCCGCUUGGUCUAGGGGGCCAGAGCUCAAAGCCCAGGCCACACGGCUCUCUUGGCAGGAGUCUCCCAGAGCCCCGCUGUUCUAUUGGGUGGACAGAGAGCUGUCCAUCCACUAUGCCUGCCUGCUGGACAGACAUGCCAUCCCUCCGCAGGUCCUGGACAGGCUGGGUGGGCGCAUGGUUCUGCCCACUCGGGGUCAACCAGGUCACCCCUGGUUGCCUGUGGCCCGUGGGAUCCUGCCUUGUGGGGUACAUCCCUGAGAGGGCGGUCGUCCCACUGGUCCCCCACUUGGCGCAAGCCUCUGAGGGGCCUCAGGCAGAGGGGACGAGCGCCACGUGGGUGACGGGGCAGAGGCGGGUCCAUUCGCGCUCUGACCAGCAGAGCCGAGACAUCAAGCAGUUUCUGGACGACAGCUGGUCCCCUUUGAGCCAGAGGAACAGGCGUGCCCACCCUGGGUAUAUCACGUCCCUGUUUGCUAGAAGGCCCAGAGGUUCAGAAGCCAGCCACCCGUUUCCCGCACUUGCUGUGACGCGUCCAUGGAGAUGUCUUUCCGGUUCUGCUCUGACCACAAACGUCAGUAGCGCCGGGUGAGAAGCCCCGCCAGCCACAGGCAUCCUGUCACCCCGAGCGGGUGCUCCCCUGGGGCAGCUGCUGGGGCUUGGAGACAGUCUGAGAGGCUGCACUCGCCUUCUUUCUGGUGCCGUGAGCUUCCAAUAAAAGUGUAGUUA